AUGUCUCUAGAUCAUGAGGAGUCUAUGAUUGAUAGAAUAUCGGUUGGUGCCGAUGAAGAGAAGGAGCUUAAUCUAACAGCAGAAGAAAAAGCGCUCCAAAAGCUCAUGGCGUCCAAACAGCAGAUGAUGAUGGACCAAAGCAGAAGCUACCUCGAGGACCUCUUCAAAGAGAACUCUACCAUUCCAGUGAAAUUGCGUAAUGUCCAAGUCACAAACUCUCAGAACUUUAGAGACUCGUUCUUGCAAACUCAGCUAAGUCCUCUUCUUAAAGGAAACGUCAUGAGUUUGGCUGACUUCUUGGAUGGCCUAGAGCAAGUUCAUAGACUGUUUAUGAAACACGAUGUUCUACAAGAUUCCAUGAUAGGAUUGCAUCAGCUUCCAAAACAGAUAUGGAGUAACAAAACACCACUAACAGUGGAUAUGGUACCUGUGUUUAAUGUUGUACCUCAGAAACGUUUCUUUGCAAAGACAGGAACCAACAUUGGUAACGGUGAAGGUGAUGGGUAUAUCCAAUUCCAGCUCAAGAACCUUUUUGGAGGAGCCGAGAGUCUUGUAUUUGAUGCUAUUACCGGUACGAAGACGCCAUCGUCGUACCUUUUGAACUAUUCGCAGCCAGUUUUCAACCGUGCCGACUACUUAUGGGAUACUCUGGCGUUCAUUAACACAAGAAAGCUCGAGUGGAUACAGAGUAGCGUUCAAACUAAAGGUCUCAUCACAAGAAUCAAUACUCGAUACGAUUCGAAACUCAAUUUUGACGUGGCGUUCGAGAACUCAUGGCGUGCUCUCAGUAAUCACGGCUCCAGGUCGUUGGAGGUGUUGACACAGCUGAAAGACACAUUCAAAUCUUCUGUCACCGUGGGUGCCACUUAUGAUACAAGAAACAAUCGUACUGGGCCAACUUGUGGAAAUCUUGCAAAGCUCGGUAUCGAAUAUAGCGGGUUGUUCGGCUUCAACAAUGUCCGUUUCACCAAAUUUCAAUGGGAGGGCCAGCUGGCUGUUGGUUUAGGAAAAAAUCACUCGCUCAUCUUCACAAACAAGGCUGGUUUGCUUCUCAACGGUAACCAACUGAAAACAAACAUUCUUGACCGUUUCCAUAUUGGAGGUCCAAAUGACGUUCGCUCAUUUCUGCUCAAUGGACUAGGUCCUAAAGACCAGAACUCCUCUGUCGGAGGAGACUGUUUCUUCAACGGUGGUAUCUCCUUGCUAAGUCACAUACCCAAGACUCCAGAGGAUACCAACUUUAAAAUUAUAAACUAUUUAAACUUUGGUAAGUUGGCAUCGCUCAACUCCCAGAACAGUACGAAAGAUUUGCUUACGCUCUUCUCAAAGGGCUAUUCGCUUAGUGCCGGGUUUGGAAUACUAUACAACCAUCCUAUGGCACGCUUUGAGUUGAACUUUGGCUUGCCUAUCCUUGCACACGCAAAUGACCAAAUACGUAAGGGCAUCCAAUACGGCGUGGGUGUAUCUUUCUUGUAA